UGCGGGUGCGGCUCUCGUGAGGAUGGAAAGGUGCAUUCUGUUUCCGUCAGGGUAUAUGGCGAUCGGCCGACAAGCUUUGAUCGAUCUGCCGUAAGCUCCGGAGGGCGAGUGGGAGGCUUACCUGUAGGUGAGGGCUCUUCCCUGCUUCCUCGGAAUUCUUGAGGGUUUGCGUUGGAUCCUGCUGGGUAUCUUGUUAUUUUCUUCGCUGUCUGCAAGAAAUCAUGGCAAUGGAAUUCGACACAAAGGAAAAGAAGCAGGUGAAUGUCCAUUACAUGAAUAUCCCUGUACCUUAUGUGGUGGAAGAGAAUUUUGGAGGCUAUUUCCACAGUCACGAUGACAUUGCAUGGGCUGAGGAGCUUCAGAAUCAGGAAAGCAUGUACAGCUCAUUUCAAAGAAAUGUUCAUAGUGACAUAUCGGAAGAUUCAUCAAGUGCCAGUUCUAGGCUGCAUAAUGGCCAUAAUAAAAGCAUGGGAGAAAGCAAUUCUUCAGGAACUGCUAGAUUUGAGUCACAGCUAGCUCGUGAUGAAGCUUUUGCCAGAGAACUGCAGGAAUUAGAGAAUCAGCUUGCUGAUACUUCACUUGGUGAAAUUACCAAAAUAGAAGCUAAUAUAACUCCUGCACAGUCUUCCACUGCAAAUGUUGAGCCCAAUUCUGCAAGCCCAUCUUCUCAGGUUGCAAGGGAGGAUGAUAUUGAUCCAGACAGUAUGAGUUAUGAGGAGUUGCAGCAAUUGGGUGAAACCAUAGGUGCUGAAAGCAGAGGAUUGUCAGAUGAGCUGAUUUCCCUCUUGCAAUCCUCAACAUACAAAACAGGGUUAUUUUCAAGAAAAGACAAAUCUGAGAAAUGUGUGAUAUGUUGCAUGGCUUACAAAAACCGAGAUAAGUUGAUUAAGUUACCCUGCCAGCAUCAAUACCAUAAAGUCUGUAUCACUAAAUGGUUAAAGAUCAAUAAGGCAUGUCCAGUAUGCAGUGAAGAAGUUUUUGGUUCUUAAGCAAACGCAUGCCAGAGCUGUCGUCGUUAGAUAGUCUGGUGCACAAGGUUAUUGUUGUUCUUCUCUUAGUUGUAUAUGGGUCAUGAAUUAAAUGAGAACAAAGUUUAGGUUUUCUGUGAAACAUGAUCAGAUGGGAGGGUGAGCCCUAAUCUGAUAUGGUUUGUAUGUGAUAUAUGUCUUUGUGUCAUUAUGUUGUGCUUGCUGCAUUACCACUGUCUGCAAUCUUUGGGAACAAUGUCUGUAGCUUUAUUUAGUACAAUUACAAAUUGCUUCAGUCCUCUA